GUGUGGCUGGUCAAGUGGAUCUUGCUGGGCCGCGUGAAGCCGGGGCAGCACCCGCUGUGGAGCUGCUGGGCCUGCCGCUGGGACUACCUGUACACCAUCUGGCAGCACUGGGCGGCGCCGGCCAUGACGCCGCUGGGCGGCACCCCCUUCCUGCCCAUGUGGCUGCGGACCGUGGGCGCCAACGUGGGCGACAAUGUGGUGCUGCACGGCAACUUUGUGCAGCUGGUGGACCCGGACAUGCUGACCCUCGAGACGGGCUCCACCGUGUCGUGCCUGUUCCAGGCGCACAGCUUCGAGGACCGCGUGCUCAAGAUUGCCCCCGUGCGCAUCGGCGUCGGCGCCUCCGCCAUGGCGCAGACGGUGGUCAUGUACGGCAGCAACAUUGAUGACGGCGCCACCGUGGCGCCGCACGGCGUGGUGAUGAAGAAUGAGCACCUCACCGCCGGGCAGUACUACCGUGGCGGCCCCUGCCGCGCC